AAGCCGACGCACACGCACCAGAGUUGCACCGUAUCACGGUUCCACAGAAAUAGGAAAGGCAAAAGGAACGAACCCCUUUAAAUUCAUAUAUUCAUAAAGCGCGUUCAAAGAAACAAAAGGAGAAGCAACAGGGGACAGAUAUACAAGACCGUUCGCCGGGAAAGUUGAAGGAAACCUCCUCCUUCUCGCGGCGAAGGAGAACAGGUAUUUCUCUUUCCAUAUUGCUAAAGGUUCACAUGCCUGUUCUCCUGCAACCCAAACAUUAAUUCCUGGGUGGCUGGUGGGUAUUCUUUAGAUUGAAGGGCUAUGAGCAUUUGAUCAGACUCGUGGCUUUCUAGAUCGAAAUCUGCAAUGGAUUAUUAUAAUUGAACCGGGGGGUUUUGGAUAUUUGAUCUGCCUAAGCUGUGCAUUGUUGAUGAAUCUUCUUGUCAUUGAAGAGGAGGAUCGGCUUGCGAACGUGCCCACUUGGUUUCUGGGUGUUCUCUGGCCAUUUUACCUGCCCUUUGAACGAAAGACCUCUUCGUUUUGUAUUCCGAGAGAUAGAUGGGAUAGGGAGUUCUUUAAGCUGCAGGGUGGCUAAUCAGAAUUUCUCAAAUUUACGAAGGUUGUGGUAGUGAAAUUGGCUUUUGAGUUUUGAGUGCUUUUUGAGAUGGAUUCUUCGCAAGGGUCGGUGUUGUCGUCAAAUAUGGCAGGGCUCGUAGAUGGUUCAUCGGCUCGCAGAGAGGUGUCAUGCCUUGAUAGUAUGCCUGUCUAUGUUAAGGAGCUGAUUGCUGGAGGUGCUGCGGGAGCGUUUGCUAAGACUGCUGUUGCACCCCUGGAACGGAUCAAAAUACUUUUGCAGACAAGAACAGAAGGGUUCCAUUCUCUUGGGGUGCUUCAAUCUUUGAAGAAGUUAAUGAAACAUGAAGGUGUUAAAGGAUUCUACAAAGGAAAUGGAGCUAGCGUUAUUCGGAUUAUUCCUUAUGCAGCCCUACAUUUCAUGACAUAUGAGCAGUAUCGGUGUUGGAUUUUGAACAACUAUUCUGCCUUGGGAACAGGGCCUCAUAUUGAUCUUUUAGCUGGUGCAGCAGCUGGAGGAACAGCAGUUUUAUGCACAUAUCCUUUAGAUCUGGCUCGUACUAAACUUGCUUAUCAGGUCGUUGACACAAGAGUUAGCCUCAAUCAUGGAAUGAAAAGUAAUCAUACUCAGCCUGCAUAUAAUGGCAUAAGAGAUGUACUUAGAACUGUCUUCAAGGAAGGAGGAAUGCGUUCUCUUUAUCGAGGUGUAGGCCCAACACUCACUGGAAUCCUUCCUUAUGCUGGUUUGAAGUUCUACAUAUAUGAGGAACUCAAGAGGCAUGUUCCUGAAGAGCAUCAAAAGUCCAUUAUGAUGCGUCUUUCUUGUGGAGCUCUAGCUGGGUUGUUUGGGCAGACUUUCACAUACCCAUUAGAUGUUGUUAGGAGACAGAUGCAGGUUGAAAAUUUGCAACAAGGAAAUGCCAGAUACAGAAACACAUGGGAAGGUCUUACUACUAUUGUUUGUAAUCAAGGAUGGAGACAGUUGUUUGCAGGUCUAAGCAUUAACUAUAUUAAGAUUGUUCCUUCUGUGGCCCUUGGUUUCACCGCAUACGACACGAUGAAGUUUUGGCUCCAAAUUCCACCUCGACAGAACACUCGGUCAAUAUCUGCUGCCUAAUUUCUUCAGAAUAAGACUAAGAUGCAAGUUGGUUACACUUCAAUUCAGACAAAUAUAAUACACUUUGAAGUGUGGCGGUUACACUUCGUAUGAUGAUCCAUGAAGGGUUUAAACUUCUUAUCUGAAAAUUAGUAUGGUGUAUCUUCCCUAUUAGAGCUAAAUUUUCCACUUAAAGUUUUGUUUAAUCUUCUUGUUGUCGUUGAUUUUACAUUCUUGUACCCAUGCUUUCAAUUGCUUUUGAUUCACUUUUUCAUAGCUUCAUUUGAUUUUCCUUUUGAGACCAAGUAACAUUGUUCUCUGCAUGAGCCCAUAUAAAACAAGCUAAGGUUACUUGGUUGGGUAA